ACAAUUAAAUCAUUGCCAAUAAAAACAUUAGAUUUAUUGAAUGUAUCUGGUUUUUCUGGUGAUAAUGAAAAUAUAAUACGUAAUGAUUCAAAAUAUAAUUAUGGUGAAUGUACAAUGUCACGUAAAAAACGUCAAAUAAGAAAAAAAAUUGAUGAUAAUAUUAUUAAAAAUAAAACAGGUAAUUGUGAUUUAACUGGUACAGUUAGAAGAAGAUGGAUACCAAAUAAUGAAAAAAUUGAUGAUUCAAUAAGUCAAAGAUUAGAAUUAAUUCAUGAAUUAAAUCAAAAAAUAUUAAAAAAUUAUGAAAAAAUACAAUUAAAAAGUAAACAAGGACAUGUUAAAACAGUACGUGAUAAAAUUGAAAAUUCAAAUGGUACAUUAAGAAUGACAAGUACACCAAAAAAUAGAAUUGCAUUACAAGAUAUUAAAGAUAAUAAAGAACAAUUAUAUUCAGAAAUAAAAAUUAAAAAUAAACAACAAAAACAACAAUCAUUAAAAUCCAAAAAAACAAAUAAUAAUAAUAAAAAAAUAAUUGAAAAAGUUAUGAUACAUAAAUGUGAUAAUGAUGAAUUAGAUAGUAAAAAAAAUACAUUACCAAUAUCAACAAGUGAUAAACUUGAAUCAAUUAAAAUGAAAAAAUCAAUGAAUAUUGCAAAAUCAAUUAUUAAUUUUGGUACAAAUAAUAAAAUUAAAAAUAAAAAUAUUGAAAUUAAUGAUAAUUUUAGUUUAUCAGUUAAACCAGAAUUUAAUAUUGAUAAUUAUCAAUUAAAUAAAAUUCAUGAUAAAAUUAAUAUACCAAUUAAAACAAUUAUUGAUAUACCAAAUGAUGAAAAAAAUAAAUCAAUUGAUGAAAAUAAUAAAAUAACACCAAAAAAUCCAUAUUUAUCAUCAGCCAAUAAUGAUGAUAGUAAUGACAAUGAUGAAAAAAUAAUAAAAAAUUUAAAUAAUGAAGAUUUUGAUAAAAUUGUCAAUACAAAUGAUGAAUCAACGAAAAAUCUUGAAAAAGAAAUACUUGAUAAUUUAAAUGAAACAAUUGGUAAAUUUGAUAAUGAUAAAAAUAGUGUUGAUAUUUGUGUUGAUGAGGGCAGAGGUGAAGAUGAUGAUGAUAAUUUAAGUGAUGAUUCGAUUAAAUUUAUAAGUACAAAGUUAAGUUGUAGUAAGGAUGAGAGCCAUCAAGAAACAUUUAAUUCCUCUUGGGAUUCUGGUGUUGGAAUUGAUGUUGGAAGUGGUAGUGGAUGGGUUAGAAUACAUACGGGAAUUGAGAGUAGUCUUGUCUAUCUAACUCUCGAUACUACUGCCAAAGAUAUCUGCAGGGACAUGCUUCUUGGCGAUGAACUGUCAUUGUACAUUCAGUAUGGUGGUAAAGCUGGUCGACGAAUGGGUCCUGAUGAAAAACCAUUAGAACAUCAAGAUAAUUUUUUAAAACAAAUUGGAUUUGAUAAUAUUACUAGACGUGCACGUCUUGGUGUUGAUCCUGAACUUCGUUAUCUUAUUGCAUUUCAUGUUGGACCAACUGAACCAACACCCGAUUUAACUGGUUACAGUCGUUGUGGUAAUGUUCUAAUACUAAAAGGUCUUGUAUUUCCUCAAUGGAAAAGACGUGCAAUUGCUGUCAUUGGUUCAAGACUAUUUCUCUAUCCUGGUUGUCAAGAAACACAACCAGAAUGGAUCGAAUUAAAUGGUGGUACGAUUUGCUAUGCACCAUCUCGUCUUGGUAAGCUUGUUUUACGUGUAACGGGUUAUCCAAGAAUAAUUCACAAAGAGCAAAAUAAACUAGAAAAUUCAGAUAAAUUUCAAGCUAACAAAGAGUUAAUAUCUUCAUCAUCAUCAUCACCAUCAUCAUCAUCACAACAUGAUGAUAGUCGACACAUUUACCUUGGUUUUCAUCAUCCUUGGGAUCGUGAUCUUUGGCGUAGUUGGCUCAAACAGGCAACUAAAACAUCAAAUAGUCCAAAAAAAUUAGAACUCAGCAAUGCAGGUUUAUCAAAAAUACCCGAUAGUAUUCUUGCUUUUCACGAAGUUGAAGAAAUACUUUUGGAUAGAAAUUCAUUAACUACAAUUGCCAGUAAUCUCAGCAUUCUUCGCAGAUUUCCACAAUUAAAACUACUACAACUAGAGCACAAUCAACUGACAACAAUACCCCGAGAAUUAUUAGAGCUUGUUUGUUUGACUUCACUGAAUCUUUCAAACAACAAGAUUGACAAAGUACCUGCUGAAAUUUAUCGACUUGUCAACUUAAAAGAAUUAAUACUUGAUCGUAAUGGAAUCAAAGAAUUACCGGCCGAAAUUGGACUUUUAAAAGAAUUAAAAAGUAUUUCUGCUGCUGGAAAUAAUAUUGAGAUAUUGCCAAUAUUUUUAAAUAUGCGGGCUUUGAAUUUGGAUAUAUUGACAAAAACUGAUUAUGGAAAAUACAAAGACGAACGUAAUAAUCAAAAUAAUUUACAAAAAGUAAAUUUACGUAAUAAUCAAUUAAAAGGAAAUAUAAUUCUUGGAAAUUACGGGAAUUUAACACACUUGGAUCUCAGUGAAAAUAGCAUAGAAAAAUUGGACAUCAGUGCAUUACAAGAAUUGCAGAGUGCUCGUUGUGCUCGUAAUUUACUAACUGAAUUAACUCUAUGUGGAAAAAAUCUUGUCUCUCUUAUUGCUGGGAAUAACAAAUUAAAGAAGCUAACCAUCGAGCCAAUACCAACAAAUCUCGAGCAUCUUGAUGUUUCCUACAACUGUCUCGACACUUUACCAGAAUGGAUACCCGAAUUACCAGUAUUACGAGCAUUAUUUGCCUCUCACAACGAUUUAACAGCUUUACCAGACCGACUUUUAUCACAACCAUCAAGACUCGAAGUACUUCAUUUACCACACAAUAGAUUACAAGCAUUACCACCACCAAGAAAACCACUGAAUAUUGUUCAUCUUACUUUACAAGGCAAUGCGUUAACAGCAUUACCAUCGACAUUUUUUCAAAAUACUGAAAGAAUGAAAGUUUUAAAUUUAUCCAACAAUCGUUUAUCAGAACUACCGUAUACAGAAAAUACAAAUAAAAAUCAACAAAAUUCUCAUACACUUGAAAAAUUUUAUUUGACUGGAAAUUGUCUAACAGAUACAGCCCUUGAUGCACUUGCUAAAUUACCAGCACUUCGUGUAUUACAUCUGGCAUAUAAUAUACUUGAUACACUUCCCGAAAGUUGUAUUGCAUCAUGGCCUGAUCUAGAAGAACUUGUAUUAUCUGGUAAUCGUCUUCAAUAUCUACCAGACAAUGUUGCAAAUCUUCAACAUUUACGUGUUUUACGUGUACAUUCAAAUCGAUUAUUAACAUGUCCAACUUUCAAUAAGACAACAUCAUUAAUGGUAUUAGAUUUAGCACAUAAUCAACUUGAUCGAGUUAAUUUAGCAACAUUAGUACCACCACAACUACAAUUUUUAGAUAUAUCAUGUAAUUCAAGGCUUCAUGUUGAUCCAAGACAAUUUCAAGUAUAUCGAUCACAACGACAAAUAUCAUUAAUUGAUGUAUCAGGACAAAAUAGACCAAGUUUACCAUCACAUCCACAACAACAAGAAAUUGUUAGUAAUGAAAAAGGACCAGAACAACCAUGGCGUUUAGGAUUUUCAGAAACUGCUGGGACAAGAGAAAAACUAUAUGUAUCACAAGUACGAAUGCCAUCAUUUUGUAAUGUUGAAGGAUUAUUUGGUAUAUUUGAUGGUGAUACAAAUCAAGAAGCACCAACAUCAUUACAAGAAAUGAUUCCACGUUUAUUACUUGAAGAAAAAACAAUACGUGAAACAUCAAAAGAUUAUUUAAAAUAUACAUUAUUAUCAGCUCAUCGUGAAUUAAAAGAAAAAGGACAAAAAUAUGGUGUUGAUUCAACAUUAAUACAUAUUACAAAAUUACCAAUGUCACCAAAUUAUUCAAGAACAACAAAAAAAUAUAUAUUAAAAGUUGUAUCAUCUGGUGAUACAAAAGCUGUAUUAUGUAGAGCUGAUGGACCAUUAUUAUUAUCACAAAGAAAAAAAAUAAUUGUUAAAAAUCAAUUAGGUAAUUCAUCAAUGUUUCCAUUAGUAUUACCAGAUCCAAUAACAGAAGAAAUAAUAUUAGAAGAUGAUGAUGAAUUUAUAAUAAUUGCAAAUCGUAAAUUAUGGGAUGUAUUAACAAUACAAGAAGCUGUUAGAGAAGCAAGAGCUGAAGAAUCUCCAGUACUUGCUGCUAAAAGAUUACAAGAUUUAGCACAAGCAUAUGGAGCUGAAGAUAAUUUAAGUAUAAUUGUUAUUAGAUUAACUGGACAAUUAACUGGUGAUUAUGAUUUAUUAAUGCGUGAAUUACGUCAUGCUGUUAGUAAAAAUAAAAAUAAUAAUAAUAAUAGUAAUAAUUGUUCAUGUCCAUGUUGUAUACCACCAUCACCUCAUAAAUUACCAACACAAUGUUGUUGUCAUAAUAAUAGUAGCAGUGGUGGUAAUAAUAAUGAUGGUUUUUAUACAAAUGGUGUAUUAAAAAAUAUUGUUAAUCAUAAAACAUCUGUAACAUCACGUAAUGGUUCUGGUAGAUAUUUUAAAAAUUUACGUAAUUGUGAUAAUACAAGUCCACAAUUUAAUGAUGAUAGAAGUUCACCAAGUGGACAAUCAGAUCAAACAACAACAGAUAGUACAUUUAAAACAAGACAAACAUCUGGUAGAGCAUGGAUUGGAAAUACAGCAUCAAGAGCAUUAUCAAAAAAUCGUCAUAAUAUUCUACAUGAUAAUACAACAAGAAAAAAUGAUACUGAUACAAAUAGAUCAGCAGCAGCAGUAGCAGCAGCAACUGCUGCACUUAGUGAAGAACAAUUUCGUUGUUGGGAAUAUAUGCUCGAACAAAAUACACAUAUGUUAUUUGAUAAAGAAUUAGAUACAUUAACAAGAAUACCAUUGAGAAGAGGACAAUCAAGAUCAACACCACAUCUUGCUAAUUUACCAUUUUUAUCAAAAAGAUUUGGUAGUGCUAGAUCAUUUAAUCCACCAUUACCAAGACCACCAAUGAUGAGAUUUGGUAGUGGAAGAAGAUAUCUUAAUGGUGGACCAAAUGCUGCAUAUUUUGGAAGUUUACAAAGACUAAUGCCCUAUAAUCUUGAAUAUGAUUUUGCUGUUAUACAAGAACGUGGUGGUAUUGAUUCACUUGAACAAGAUGCAUCAAGAAUGCAACAAUAUUGGGGUGUUGCUACAACUGAAUUAUAAAUUUUACAAUAUUGUUGCUUUGUCAAAAAAGUUGGGCUUUAAUUUUUUUUUAUUAAAAUAACAACCGACGAUACUGUAAUUAUUAAAGUCCUAAAAAUUGUACAGAAUAUUAUUAUAACUAUUAUCAUUUUAAAAUAAAAAUUUUGUCGUGUUUGUUUUCUAUUUUUAUAAAAUUGUAUAUCAUUCUAAUUUUAAUUAUUGUGUAUAGAUUAUAUAUAUGUAUGAAAAAAAAAAAAUAUAUAAAUAUUUUAUUCUUUAAA